AUGGAACUUAUGAGAUCAGAUACAACUCUUCCAUGUUUGAUGGAGCCAAGACUUGAUAAUUUCAAGCCGACGUCCGAUCCUUUAAUCCAAUCCCUUCUAUUCAUAAGAAGCUUGGCCAUCAAGCUCCGGCUCUCACAAUCAUGUGUCGCCACUGCUCAAACCUAUUUUCACACAGUAAGUUCUACUCUAGUUUACAAUUAAUAACAGCCACCUAAAAUAUGACAACCUCUUAAUCGCAGGGGCAUGCCUUUUUCUCUCAUCAAAAACCCUUGAACUGACAAGGCCAAUUGACAUUUUGUGUAGGAAAUUCUAUGAAGAAAGAUCAGAAAUUCGAAAAAUUCUUAACCCAAGGCUUCAAGUCCCUCCUCUAUCAGACUCAAUGUUAGCUGGAUUGAAACAGAGCAUCCUUCAAUGUGAGUUUGCUGUACUUGAAGCUUUAUGCUUUAAUGUGGAAAUCCCUCUACCCUAUUCAUUUAUUUCAAGCUUUGUGUCAAAUCUUGAGUUAAAUGUGUAUCAAAAGCAGGAUUUGCUGAAAAUCGCUAACAAUUUUGCGAAUGACAGCUUUAGGGUACCGAUUUUUCUUUACAAAAAUGCAGAGAAUGUGGCUGCAGCAUGCUUGAUUUUGGCUUCUAGAUAUUUAAGUCUUGGUUUAGAAAUUGCUGCAGAUCAAGAAACUGUACAAGCAAUUUUGGAAAUUUAUAAAUCCAAUAUAAAUAUAUAA